AUGGUACUGGACACUUGCGGGACCUUCUCUCUACCAGCGCGGCUAGCACCAGCGGGUGAUUCCGAUGGAAGCGACCUGCUUCUGAGUGAGCAUGUCAGCUCUGCAGGAGGCAUGCACAGGCUCUGCUGGUGCGGCAUGCCCCCUUGUGAGAAGGCUACGCACUUCAACGUCGAUGCCGGGCAUCUGCUACUUCUAGGUCCGAGCCCAUUGCAGCAGCAGAUGACUUGUGUCAGCGGGCAGAGUUGCAUCGUGCAACUCAGCUCUUCCACAAUGACGGCGAUGGAGACGUCCAUGCAUACAAGCGUGUAUCUAUAUGAUGCGUGCCCUGCGACCACACUGGUGAACGCAGCUGCUGCAAUUGCAGGUCCGCUGCAGCAGUCAGCUCCUGUGUUGCUGACAGCUGCAGGUGGAGUAUAUCGGAUGUGCUGGUGCAGCGCAUUGCAUGGAAAUGUAUGUGCUCCGAGUGAUUACAUCGUGGAUGCUGGACAAUUGUUACUGAUCGGACCAUCGCCUCAUUCGCAAACUCGAACUUGCAUUGGCGGCCUUGCUUGCCGCUUCCAUGACUUCGAUGGGCUCUACCUGCAACCUGAGGAUCGACUGCUGCUACUCGACACUUGUGGUCAGAGCUCUUACAUCGGUGCAGCGGCCUUCCUCCAUCCUCCAGGAUCGCAGUCAACACAUGUGGACUGGCAAGUCCGGUUGAGGGCUUUGGAGACUCAGUUUGGAGCAGUGCAAACUCGGACAUGUUCAUUUCCGCGGCUGGGGGCAUUUAUCGAAUAUGUUGGUGCACUGGUGGAAGCUUGGCAUCAAAUGCUCAGCCCUUUGCUUGGUCAUUUCCCGGCUCUAGGAGACUACGUGGACUCGAUUGCCAUACUUGAGACCUGCGCAGUGGCGAUGAGCCCAGGGCUUCGGGCAUUGAGUCCAGGCGGCGUCAAUGCAUCGCAGUCCCCUUUAAGCGGGAAGAGCAGUCUGGUUGCCUGGGACCUGGUCGAGAAUGCUUCGGAAGUGCCGCGGCUCCAAGAAGGCGCUCUGUACCGUCUCUGCUGGUGCCUGGAUGCACAAGGUUGCAGCCGUGUUGAGGACUACCGAGCAGAUGUUGGUGGCCUGUUGGUGGUUGGUCCAAGUCCACUGCUUCAGCUUCGAACUUGCAUCAGUGGACACUCAUGUGCUUUCGAGGGUGUGACGGGACUCGGUCUUUCCUAUUCAUACUACAUCUCCCGCAUUCGGCUUUACCAGGACGGUGCGACAUCUCACGACAUUCGCGUCUGGGAACUCUACCACUCGGAGUCUCCGAACGGUCCCUGGAUCAAGGCCUUCAACGGAGCUGCAGCACCCGGUGUGGGUGAGCAGGAGUUUGAGGGCGACCAGCCUCUACUGGCGCUUGGUCGUGCUGCAGACCUACUCGGGUCGUCUCAGCUUCGGGACUUGUCCAGCUACCCCGUGAGCAAGCUGGUCGAUGGCAAGCUCGAGGACGACUCGCGUGCACUUCGAGCCGCUCGGGCCACAGCCUGGGAUCAGGUGGAGCCGUGGCGAGCAGGCCUGGCAUGCAGUUUGCCAGGUUUGGCGAAGGAGGUGGAGAAGGCCUGGAAGCAGGCGGUGGCCUGGCGCAAGCAGCAGGAGAAGGAGAGGCAACGGGCCGAGCAGCCUCGAAAGCGUUGA